AUGUCGAUAACGCCCGGUCUUCUCCAGCAGAUGGCCCGCCCCGGGCGUUCGAAGAUUAUGGAGGUCAAUCUGGCGUUGGACAAGGCCUCGCUCCGAAUUCGAUGGCCGAUCUUGGGUGAACUCAGCGAUAUCAUGGUCAUCGACGAUCCGACGGACGCGUUUUCUCCCGAGAGGCCAUUACAGCUUCCUGAUGAUAGCUUUCACCUUGUUGCCAAUGCGAUCGCCUUGGAGCCGCCAAUUAGCUUUGUGAUGGUUAAACUCGAUUGCCUUGACUACUAUCCCUUCGAAUGCUCUGAAGCUUGCCAAUGCGACGGCAAGUACAAGGAUGACAUCGGAAAUUCGUUCGAGAGCCCGCCAUUACGGUUGGAAACACCAUCCGUACGUCACAUCCGUACCUGA